CAGCAGAGGCAGCAGCGGCAGCUCCGCGGCGGUCGGUCGGUCGGUCGGUCGGUCACCGGACAGACAGUCCCUUCUGUACAUCAGCGGACCUGAAUGAAGACCGCAUGGUGCAGUGAGACUGUUCAGGCCAGUAAUGAUGAUGUCAGAGAAUUUGGAGCAGAGUGAUGAUGUCAGCGUCCUCCCCCCCCAUGAGGUGGAGCCCCCCAGGGAGGAGGACGGACACUGCCCCCUGCCCUUCAGGCUGCAGCUGAUCGACGACCUGUCCUACGAGGAUGUGAAGAAGUGUUACAGAGGAUCAACUGUCAGCAAGUACAACUCUCAGUACCACAAACUGUUCCAGACCGUCCCCAAAGAGGAGAUCCUGAUGAAAGUUUAUUCGUGUGCGUUGUUGAGAGACAUCCUGCUGCAGGGGCGACUCUACAUCUCCAGGAACUGGUUGUGUUUCUACGCUAACCUGUUUGGUAAAGACAUCAAGGUGUGUAUACCUGUGGUGUCGGUCCGGCUGGUGAAGAAACACAAGACGGCCGGCCUGGUGCCAAACGGUCUGGCUAUCACCAUGGAUACCGGACAGAAGUACGUGUUUGUGUCCCUUCUGUCCAGAGACAGCGUCUACGACGUUCUCAGGAGGAUCUGCACUCACCUGCAGGUGAACGGGAAGAGUCUGAGUCUGAAGCAGUACCUGGAGGAACCCAGCUCUCUUUCCAUGGACGAGUAUCCCGAGGUGUUGAAGUGGAGGCGGAAGCCGUCGCUCCCCGCCGUCUCCUCCUCCCUCCCGGACCUGCUGGGAAACUCCUCCCCCGGCCUCACUGCAGACACGCCCUUCAGCACACACACGCUCACCGACAGCAGUUUAGAAACAGAGAAGAUCCUGCUAACAGAGCCAGUACCUGACCUGGGUCACAUGGAGUACCAGCUGCUCAAACUCUUCAUCCUACUUGUCUUCCUGUUGGUCCUGUCGUCCUGCUAUCUGGCCUUCAGAGUUUGUCGUCUGGAGCAGCAGCUGAGCUUCCUGAGCAGCCAGCCGACGCUGAGAGAGAGGUGUGGAGAGGUGCCCUGCUGGCUGGCCAAUCAGAGGACAGGAACCUGAUGCUGAAGCCAAUCAGGGACUAUAGAAGAAACCUGCACUUACAUAGACUUCCCACUAGGGGGCGGCGGUGAGCGGAGGCAGCUCUCAGGAGCACACAGACAACUGCAGCAGCCGUCAGCAGAUGAACUCUGACCCCGCUGCGACCUGGUUACCGUAGAAAUGUCACAAUAGUCAACAAACAGUAAACUGAACUUUGACCUCUGAGGAUGCAGCGUUUAAGUGGACAUGCAGAGGUCACGUAGAGGUCAGAGAGAGAAAUGACAACAUGCUGUAACAUAACUGAGAGGUGGACUGAAAACGGUGUGUGUGUGUGUGUGUGUGUGUGUGUUGGCUUGGGGAAGCUGCUGGUUCCCGUGUGUUGUUCCUCACCAUCUUGACUCGAUCUCAGAGUGACUGAGCACAGAAACACGAGACUCUCCUGCAGACUGAAGCCGUCUUUCAGGUCGAACAGCAGUUUCAAUUAUUUCACUUCAGUUUCUGACAAAUCUGAUUUUUUUUGUGGCUCUAAAUACUACAGCACCCAUGAGGCUCAGCUGCUGUUGCUAUGGAGACAAAACCAGUCAGAGGCGUGAUCAAAGUGUUACUGAAUUUAUCCAAAAUGAACACUGAAGUCUGUUUCUCAGCAGUGAAAUCUUUAGCUUCCACUCACUGUUUCUGUGAAGCUCUGUGAUUGGAUGUUUGUUGGUGAAAAGCACCAUGGGAGUUGUAGUCGACUUCUCUCCUUCAGGUUUUAUCAAAGAAUCAGAUAUUUCCUAGGCAGCUGUUCAUGUUUUGUUGUGAUGAAUCAACCAGCUGAGCUUCACGCCCAUCAGACCUUAAGAAAAACUGUCACCUGCAGGUCUUAUCCAGACUACGUCUCAGACCCGAGACCUGAGACAAAAUCCAGCUCUAGAUCUGUGAUCGAACCCAUCACAGUGCCUCGCCUGCUGCCCCUGAUGCUAUGACAUGUUCAGCUAAUGUUAGCUUUGUCAGUUCAGUUAGCAACACGACAGCUACACCUGGCAGCUAGCGGGUGUAAAUAUUUAGUAACAAGAACCUCAGGUAAACGCUGACGUUAGCUCGAAGCUAACUCUGAACAGCUGCUGCAGAGGCUCCGUUUUCUGACCGACGUGAAACUGUGAUUGUUGACUCAUCGGCACAAAAGAUGAACAGCUGUGAUGGAAAAUACCUGCUUCUUUGAUAAAAAGCCAGAGUCGAUGGAACAGGUGUACUACAACUCCCAGAAACACCCUCAGCUUGUGUUGCUGCAGCUCUGCUUUCCGAGUAGAGACAGAUAAAAAUCCUCUUUCUCAAAAACAAAGUUCAGAUAUUUGUUUGAUCGUCUGGAACCUGCAGCUCCGCCAUUUUCAUUCAUAUCUCACCUGACAGAGUUUUUAAGAACAGUUACUAUCAAAGGAGUUAAGAGUUAAGAUCUACAAAGUGCCAGAAUUCAGAUAUCACCUGUAAAAACAAUCAAAAUAACUCAGAUCAGUUUAACUGCUGCCUUAAACUCACAAUGUAGCAUCUGACACCGUUUUAAUGAGUUCCUGCGUGAAUUCAAACCAUUUCCAACUAAAGCGUCAAUGUUUCUGUGAAUCAAACUUCCCUAAAUGUGAACAUGGAUCCUUCUGCAGCAUCAAGAAGACUGUUUUUUAAAAUAAAUUUUGUUUUCUGUGCCAAAUCAGUGAGCUAAUGUGUGUGUGAGUCCUGAUGAAGGAGGUGAGGACUCACCUGAGCUGGACUCACGCAGUCUGGGAGAGGAGACGCCGCGAGGCGCGAGCUCCGUGUUUCCCUUUCAGCUCUCACAUACUGUCGUUCUGCUGUAACACAACAUCACUAAUAAACACGUUCCAGUCUGCUGCU